CAGUGUGUCGCCUCCUGCCUCUGCUCUCGUGUGUAUGCCAAAGUUGGCGCUCUGUCGAGGCGCAGUCUUUGGGAGGAGUCCGCAAACCUCUGAAUGACCAGGGCGCGGAGUGAGUCCUGAAUCUGAGCUCAGAGGGAUCAUGCUGGACUCAGCAGCCUGUUAUUGGACCACAACGGGGGGAAUUAGGUUUGUUUGCGUGUCGGAUCGUGGCUGGGAGCGUCAGAAAAUGGCGUGAGAGCAAAUAAACCGGACUCAUGGGCUCCAGACCCAGGAGAACCAGCUCGUGUUCUGAUGGCUGACCUGGAGCUGUUUUACUUCGAUGUGACGGACACUGGGACCCCCGGCAGCGGCAGCAGAGGAGACGCUUCAGCACCACGGAUAGAGCCCCGGGGAUCUGAGAGCGAAACCUCCUUCAGCUGCAGACAGGAUGUAGAUCAGCAUCAUCUUCACCUUGAGGAGCAGCUGAUCCGGACAGCUGACAGCGAACUGGGUGACGAGGAGCAGGACAUGGAGGAAGAGGAGGAGGAGGACAUCACGGAACUUUACCUGCUGUCCGAGGACGAACUGUCUUCCGACGGAUCACGGAGGUCUGUGGACUACGGAUUCAUUAUCGCCGUGUCCUGCCUGGUGACCGGCAUUUCUCUGGUCGCCAUAACUUACACCAUCCCCAGGGACGUGCGUGUGAACCCGGACAGCGUGUCCGCCAGGGAGAUGGAGCGCCUGGAGCGGGAGAAAGCCACCGUGGGGGCCCAUCUGGACCGGUGCGUCAUAGCGGGACUGUGCCUACUGACCCUGGGGGGCGUCCUGCUCUCCACGCUGCUCAUGAUCUCCAUGUGGAAGGGGGAGAUGAUGCGGAGGAAAGCCUUUGCUUAUUCCAAACAUUCGGCAAAUUUAUACGGGUCGAUGAGUCUGAGAGCAGGAUCCAGUUCGACUCUUGAGUCCUGCUCAAAUUUCCCAGCGGCUGGGGAGGAUUUGGAAGUUUUCAGCUGAAUUUAUGGACCGAAAAAAAUUCAGACUGUGAAUUAAUCUGCUAUAUGUCAUUUCAGGCAGAUUCAGUGCCUUGGAAAAGUAUUCAUCCCGCAUUUCCACAUUGUGUCCAGUUAUAACCACGAACUAUGAUGUAUUGAAUUUGUAUUUUAUGAGACAGACCAACACAAAGUAAUGCAUAUAUCUCAAGUGGAAGGAAAAUUAUAUACUGAUUUCAAUAUUUUUCAAAUAAAAGUCUGAAAAGUG